GUGUAAUUAAGUUCUCAUAUCUGAAAAUAGACAUUCAGAUGGAACUAAUGUGGCAGGAAUUGUCAAAUAUUUGCGUGCAAGUUGUGAAAGAAUUGGGUAUAGGGAUAGGAAUCGAUUCUCAACUCAAAAUUGAUUCUCAAGCACAGAUUACGACGACAGCAAGCGAUGACAUAACUGGUCUUUGGUUUUGUUUUUCAUUGCAUGUUGAUUUUUUCCCUUUUUGUGGAAUAGGUGAAGUUGUACUUUGA